CUCUAGAGCUUAUCUACUACCUUUGUAGGAUUUAUAUAAAGAUUGAUAAUUGGCCGUGCCUCAGAAGGGCGCUGGUUUUAACUAAAAUUGCAAGUCAUUUCAAAAAUGUAUUUUUCUAUCAUUUUUGUUGGUUUAUUCCUAAGAACUUAUGGUGCAUUCCUCCAAGCGCCCGUUCUACCACCUCCAGCAUUUCAGUAUGAGGUUCCCUACGAACUGCCAGGAGUGCUGGUAAUGCCAGACCCUCGUAUUGUCGGAGGAGUAGCCGCACCUGAAGGCGGGGUCCCUUACCAGGCAUCUUUGAGAUCGCUGUUUAAUGCUCACUUCUGUGGAGGGUCUGUGCUGAAUAAUAGAUGGGUGUUGACAGCUGCGCAUUGUACUGUUGGCCAAUCAAAGCGCUCCAUGACCGUCACAGUAGGAACCAACAGCCGAAUAGACCGUGGUCUCACGUACUCAGUAGACCGGAUCAUCAUCCACGAGCUUUAUGAUAGCUCCGCUAUAAAGAAUGAUGUCAGCCUGGUCAGGGUCUCCAGGGAGAUGCAGUUCAGUGACCUGGUGCAGCCUAUACAACUGCCGGAGACGAACACUGAUGAAGGAGUGGAAAUGAUGCUGAGUGGGUGGGGACGACUUUCUUACCCUGGGACAUUACCUAUCCAGCUGCAGAUGAUUAACGUGACGUCCCUCAGCGUGGAACAUUGCCAGAGCAUCUACAAGAGAAUCAACCCUGUCUUCAACACGCAGAUCUGUUCGCUCACUAAGACUGGAGAAGGAGCUUGUCAUGGUGACUCCGGCGGCCCUCUGGUGGUAGACAACAGCGUGGUGGGCAUCGUAUCCUGGGGCAUGCCAUGUGCUCGAGGCUACCCUGACGUCUACACCAGGGUCUACUCCUUCAAAGACUGGAUCCUCGAGAGAAUUGAAGAAAAGCCUGACCUGUAUUGAAAGGGUAACUGGGUACCGCCAUAUUGUUAACCUAUGUAUUGUACUCGAAUGUUUUGUGACAGAUUUAAGAAGAAGAAAUAAAGA